UAGCCGCCGCUUCGCGUAAGGAACCGCAAACCUUGAAAGAAGGCAGGGCGGCUUUCUCCUCGUUCUUCUUUUAGUAAGGCCCCCAUAGCUAUGGAGCUGACUUAUAGCACGCUGAAAACGACGCAUCAGGUCAAGGAGGCGGAAGAGAUGCGAGCAGAAGCCCGUCGAAAAAAUCUCCUUAUUCUGAUUUUACAUUAUUUAACUGAGGAAGGAUAUGUUGAUACCGUGAAUGCACUGGAACAAGAAACAAAACUGGGCUUGCGGCGGUAUGAGGUUUGCGACAACGUUGAUCUCGAAACUAUUUUGAUGGAAUAUGAAAGUUACUACUAUGUCAAAUUCCAGAAGUAUCCAAAAAUUAUCAAAAAAGCCUUAGAUACCACAGAUAAGUCGAGAAGUGGGGAGAGAUCAAAAGGUAGAAAGAAAUGGCGCAGCGCUAGCAGCAUAUGCCGAAAUCUCCCUAAGAUCAACCAGCAUCAGAGGCCAGUCUCAAACAACACCUAUUGGUCAACAGACUUCAAAUGUUCCAACAUGGAGAGUCCUAGACAGGACACUGAAGAUGCCUUAGGUCGAUAUUUCAUCUGGAUUUGUUGUUUAAAUGUAUCCUCAAUCCACAGAGGAGCUGGAGAAGGGGAUCAUCCUAGAAGGGGUCAAAUUAUUGAUUUCCGUGGGAUGAUCCAAGAUGCUAUUAAAGGUGCAUCGAGUGAAAUAGCCUUGCAUAGCUUAAACUGUAAUCCGGAUCCUUCAGAACGACUGUUAAAACCACUAGGUGCCUUUUUUGGGAUGACUGCUGACAUGAGAGAACUUGCAUCAACUAUAAGUCGAGAAAUUUAUUGCCCAAACCAAAUGUAAAAAUGGGAUGAUAUUAUCGGACGAUGAUGCAGCAAACGGUUAGUCAAGGAAGUGUUGUCGUAUCCCAUACGGUAUCCACAGUUGUUUACGGGCAUCCUCUCUCCAUGGAAAGGACUGUUGCUAUAUGGCCCUCCAGGUACUGGAAAAACUUUGCUAGCUAAAGCUGUGGCCACUGAAUGCAAUACUACCUUCUUCAAUAUCUCCGCAUCCACUAUUGUCAGCAAAUGGAGGGGUGAUUCAGAAAAACUUGUCAGAGUGUUGUUUGAGCUUGCCCGCUACCAUGCUCCCUCCACAAUCUUCCUGGAUGAGCUGGAGUCUGUCAUGAGUCAACGAGGCACUGUGCCAGGUGGUGAACAUGAAGGAAGCAGGCGGAUGAAAACAGAAUUAUUGGUGCAGAUGGAUGGCCUGGCCCGAUCGGAUGAUCUUGUCUUUGUUUUAGCAGCUUCCAACCUGCCUUGGGAACUGGAUUGUGCUAUGUUGCGCCGGCUGGAAAAAAGGAUCCUGGUUGAUCUGCCGAAUAAAGAGGCACGACAAGUAAUGGUCCAGCACUGGCUUCCCCCUGUGAGCAACAGUGGAGGAGUACCACUUAAAACAGAGUUAAACUAUGCCUUACUCAGUCAGGAGAUGGAAGGAUAUUCUGGCUCUGACAUCAAAUUGGUCUGCAAAGAAGCUGCUAUGCGUCCUGUGAGAAAAAUUUUCAGUGCUCUUGAAAAUCACCAGCCAGACACUGGGACCCUGCCUGUAAUCCAGCUGGACACUGUCACCACAGAAGACUUCCUGGAUGUGAUCACACACACUAAGCCCUCCGCUAAGAAUUUAAGCCAGAAAUACACUGACUGGCAAAGAGAAUUUGAGUCUGUCUGAGUCUGACUUAGUUUCUGAAACAUUAAGCCAAUAUUUCAACCAUCCAAAGGAUAAGGCAGCCACAGCCAAUUUCUACAAGCAAGAGACUGAACACCUGUAUUAAAACUUUAUUUUUCUUUUGAAAUAGAACAGGAAAAACAGCCUAGGACAUUUGAUGGCUGAGAGGGAACUGGCAAUUGUUCUUUUGCAUCUUUUCCCCAUCUCUCUUCUCAGCUGCUCACCUUUUAUUAAUAUGCAAGGAAAACAGUUUUGCACUUUAUUAUUUUAUACUUAAAACUAAUUGGUAACUUUUAUAUUUCUGUGACAUCCAGCUGACGUGUAGAACCCAUCUGUCACAGAUUGAUCAUACUAAUAUUUUUCUACUAGGAUUUUCUUUAGAGGAACAAACUGACAGGUGUUUUACCUGCUCUUCUCAGGGAUACUAACAUAAAUGGGGCUAACAACUGUGGAGAAUAAACUUACUGGUCACCUCUAAGGAUUUAUUUUGGCGUCUUAUUUACUUCUUCAAGGCAAAGGCAAAGUAUAGACAUUGCACAAACAGAACAACCUACAGUACAUAGUAUAUAUCUGAUGGCAACACUAAGGUAAACCUAUCAUUUCCUCUCAUUCAA